AGAUAUCAAACUCUUGUGUCCGGAUUGGAAUAUGCAUUAUGAUUAAAGAGCUUUGAAACUAGUCCACACCGAGUUUAUCGACAUUCUGCACACUGCUAUCCUUGUCAAAGUAAUAAGGACGUUCUGACAGAGCAUUGCCAAAGAGUUGUACGUAAGAGGGACUUCGCCAAGAAGCCGAAGGUUUAUUGCCAUUGAUUCUUGAAACAACUGACAUUCUACAGACUUGAUGUCACAUGAGCGGGUUGGUUUGGACACGACUGGAUCAAUUAAUUGGUAUUACUCAUUUCAGCCUGAUCUUAUUACUUUCCAGUGGAGCUAGUAUUGGUGUACCAAGAGAUAGAAGAUUAACAGCAGCGGCACGAAGUUUGAAUCAUCUUCCUACAUGCAGGAGAUGACCCCACUGUCUUAUGGAUUUUGAUCAUCAUUGCUUUGCUUUGCUCUCAAGAACUUACAAUUUUCUUCAUGGUUUCUCAUAUUCUGGUAGUCAAGAUUGAAGAAGUGUUGUGAAGAUCAGGAUCAAGAUAUACCUUUAUAAAAAAAAAAAAAUCUAUUUUUGUUUCAACACCUGGAACCAAUUGUUUAUUUGUUUUCUUGUCCUAUGAGAAACUCUCCUAUGAUCUGAAGAUCUUGUUAGUGACCAAUAUUUCUCUUGACCUUGUACUGAAAUCAACAUCAUUUCUUUUGACGUUGGUUUGGAUUGACAUUUACUUCAAGCACCUGUUACGGUUUAUUUUGAUGACACUAUCUACAUGUACCUGUACAUGUAUAUUCCUACCACCAUCCCUUUGUGCUGCUUUUAAGCAAUCAGCGGUGUUAGGUUACCCCGCUACCUCAGAUUGCCUCUGUUUGGAUUAUAGGGAUUAUACUCCAGGAAUUAUGUCCAUGAAAUCGUUCUAUUUCUGAUUGCGUAUCCUAUCCUUAUUUCUUGUAAAUUGAUCCCCCCAAAAGAGCAAGUAGUGUUGUUUCUCCAUGAUUGCCAAAAUGAUGCUUGGAUUGUGUAGUUUUCUGUCGAGGAAGAGAUCGAAAGCGAGACUUCAGGACCUACAUGGUGCUGAUGAAGUCUUUUUAAGGCAAGAAGAUCUAUUCAAGAGCCUUGCUACAACCCUACCAAAUAUCACUAUUGCCAAAGAUGCACAGGGUACCACCCCAGUAGAAUUCCUAUCAGGAAAGGAUGUUGAUAAAGUGAGGAAGAUAGCUCUGAUAGAGCUGACGGCCAUGUUUGACAGGAUGGGCAUCGAGUUUGAACCCAUCAGAAAAUCAACCAAGAGGAGAGUCAAAGAGAAUGGUGUAUUUGGUGUUCCUUUAAGAAACCUCAUUGCCAACGAUAGAAUGUGGAGCCCAGAAACAACCACACCUCUCUUUCUCCAAAAAUUAAUAGGUUACUUAGAAAUCCAUGGUUUAAAUGAAGAAGGAGUGUUGAGAGUACCAGGUUCAUCAGCAAGGAUAAAGCAACUUCGAGAAGAGAUUGAGCGUGAUUUCUACGAUGGCAAGUUCAGCUUUGAAGACCUGCGGAUUAAUGAUGCAGUUGGACUUUUAAAGCAGUUCUUGAGAGAGAUGCCUACGCCCAUCCUUACAUUUGAAUACGUGAAUGCCUUUGCCAUGGUUGAAAAAAUCAAGGACCGGAAAAAGCAGCUACAGUGCCUUAAUCUCCUCGUCUUGGUGCUACCAGAUACGCACAGAGCAACGUUGAAGGUAACAGUUUAUACAUGUUUAAAAAGUCUUGGGGAAAUGUUAAAUUUCGAAUGAAGUUUGGUGAAACCAUGGUCCCCACGGUGACGGGGACGCAACCGUUUUCCUCCGGGGGCAUCACUCGGGGAACUAUAGUUCCAACCUUGGCCCUGGGAAGCGGGUUUGCUGGGGGUGCUGCAUGUAUUAUUCUCUAUAGGCAGCACCCCUGGAAUUCUGGUAGGUGUUAACAAAUGGAAAAAUGUAAAGUAAAUGACCUACAUGUAUAUUUUGUAGUGAACCUUUUUUAUUGCUUGUCAAAUUUACGUCAGCACUCCCAGUAAAAAAAAAUGUUCUCGGGGCCCUGGUUCUAACCACCUCCUCUGGCAGCUGUACAUAUUGGUUCACAUGAUAUAUUGGUACACAUGUAGGUGUUUAAACAGGGUACUUUUGUACUACAGAGUGCGAAGUAUGAUGAAAAGUCCUGCUUCACCAUGCAUCAUAUUUCAUGUGUAAUCUCAUUAAUGAGAACAGGGUGGCAUCUAUCCCCUCAGAAUGAUCUGACCAUCGUAGUGAUACGUUAUAUACAGUGGUGCUUAAAAGUUAGUGAACCCCACCAGAAAAUGCACUCCUUCAUGCUGAGUGUUGAAUGGAGAAAACAACACUACAAAGUUCGGCGAGCCCAGAGAAAUAAACUUUAUUGAAUGUAAUAUUUUAUCACAAUUAAAUAUCUAAACAUGGCAGAACUUGAACACUUGAAAUAUGUUCAUUUUCUGAACCACUGUAUCUACACAACUGGAAAUGUAAGUGUGAUUUUCAAUCACAUUUAAAUCUCUGAGAAAUCAUAAAGUUCAUAAGGUAGUAUUUGUUGUCCCAAAUAAAUGAAUAAAUGGAAACUUGCAUUUUUACAUGAUAUUUUGAAAAUACAUGUACAUUAGAAAAAUGAACAUAUUUACACUUUUAAGUUAAACAUUGACACAUUAACAGUUAUGAACAUUAAACAAUAAACCUCAUCGCAGAAUCACUCAGAUUUUGCAAGAAGGUCUGCGUAAAAGAAAGAUUCAAUAUUUGUUUAAUUCUCUUUUGUUAGAGGUGAAAUAUGACAUUCCUUUUCCUGGGAAAAGAUUCUUUGAAAUAUUUGUCAAAAAUUUAAGAAAAGUACAAAUCUUUGACUUUGUCAAAUCCUAAUUCUUCUAGUCAUGUAGAAUAACACCAAGUUACCCAUUUCCCGUACCUGAAGGGUUAUGUUGAUCACAAGUCUAUCCCUCUGUUAUAAUCAGAAAUUCUUAUUAUGGAAAAGGUAAUAAUCAGCAGGUGUACCUUUUCUUAUGGUGGGACACGUAGUGACUGAUUGCAGAUAGAAGGGAUCUGUUAGUAAUCAUCAAAAUCUGUCUAUUUUCCAGAGAGUACUGACAGAUCCCCCAUGUGGGGAUGCUUAGCAGGUGUACCUGGACCCUGUAACAUCAAACUUAGCAAUUGAUCAUAGGGCUGAUUUACGAUUGAUCAUACACAAUAAUCGGUGCAAGCAUUUGUAGAAAUCAACCCCACAAUCAAUCGCUAAGCUUCGUGUAACCAGGCCUUAAUGAUGAAUCCUUCGUUGUCAUUGGAGAAAGUAGAUAUGUUUAAUUAUCAGGGCAUGUCUCUGUUUCCCAGAUGGGAUAGCUUAUAUGAUGCACCACCCUUUCCUACAUUCUUAAGUUUGGAUUGAUUUCAGAAUCUUGGAAUCAAUCAUCAAAGUCUGUCUAUUAUUUAAAGGGCAGUGACAGAUGUCACUUGUAUACCUUGCAAUGUGGCAAGACUUCAGAAGGUGGACCGCCCUUUCCUUUACCUUCGAUCGGCUCAUGGUCGAUCGAAGACGUGGAAGGGAAGACAAAGGCCCUCCAAUUACAUGCCCCAGUAAAUCCCAGUCGAAAGUGUUCCCUGUUCGUGACAAUUUAUGGAAUAUCCCCAAAUAGGCUGCAAAUGGCUGCCAGAAAAAGAGAUUAAAAGGCUUUCAGAGGAAAUAUCUAUUUGUUAUCUUAGCUUGAAGCCAGGACUUGUCAUUUCAUUCUGUGGCAGUCCAUUAUACUUUAAGCAUUCACACAUGACUUUUUGAUCCUUGUGAUUUUUAGGUUUUUAGGUUAAAAAAAAAUUAAAUGUUAUAGUCGUAUGACAACUUUUAUUAUUUCAAAUUGCCUUCAUUGUUCGAUUACUUGUUUUGUUUUACAUAAAAUUGUUAUAAACACGGUAAUGGAUCUUGCAAGAGAUUAGCAUUGUGUGGUAAAUAAGCAACCUUAUUGAGAUUACUACUGCUUACCAUAAACCGUUUUUAAAUAUUUUCCCAAUCAUUUGUAUAAUGUAUUGCAUCAUGUUGAAGACUUCAGUCUUUACAAAUAAAUCAUUAACCUUGAUAUGAUAUAUACAUUAACUUAAGCAGUUAAUACUGUAUAACUAUUUCUGUAGCCAUGCGCAAGUACAAUGAUCCAGGUAAUAAAACUAUGAAUUGUUUGUCUGCAAUAUGCUUUCUUUUUUUGCAAACUAAAAUCCUUUAGUUUGAAAUAAAACAUUGUUGCAUUUCCCAGGCAUAGAAGAUUCAGUUGAUCACAAUCAAUUAUAACAUUUAUAUCUCUGUACGUUACACUCCAGAUAAUGUGUUAAUACAUUAUCUCCUGUGCAACAGAAUAAACAGGUUUUUGAAUGACAAAAAUUGUCAGGUAUCAUAACGUGAGAUAUAAAGUAAAGACAAUACAUACAUUUUGUUGAUUUAUUAUUAGGGCUGUAAUAAGAAUGCUAAUAAGGGCAUUUUUAGUGUAUAGGUGUGUAUAUUUCCAAUUUCAGAUUUGAAUGAUAUAUAUAUUCGAUAAAAAUAGAAAAGAAUAAAAAGAUAUGUGUGUGAAUGAAGAUCCCAGACCAGAAAAGUAAGUCUCUUUUUUUCCUUGCUAUAUUACGAUCCAAGCUACAUAUUGUUGUUUUGUGUAUUUCAUCAAAGAUUUAUUAUUCUUUUUAAGUUAGAGAAACAUUGAUAAUUACUGUGUAUGAACACACCACUGUAAAGCUAACCCACCGCUGGGUGUUUUGACUUCAGGCUGUUAUGAUGACCCGUUGUUAUCAUCCUGGUUGCUAAGCAUGAUGGGAAGACAGGAAGUGAGAGCAACAGUCUCUGUCAUGCAAUCGCAUUUCUAUCCAAUUUUCUUUCUUUCUCUGUCUCUCUUUAAAAAAAAUUUUAAAACAAAUUGAGUGAAGCUAUCAAUUAAGUUCUGUGCAGUCCUGUGUAAAAGUCUGCCACACAAAACUUUAAGCAGUCUUAAAAAUGUGGAGCAAAUUCUAAUACGAUACCAGGACAAUUAUUCCGUCCGUGUAUCUUGCGAGUAGUGGAUCCUCUCCAC